AUGCUAAACAGAAUUACAAUGAAGAUCUUUAUCAUUUUCAUCGUCUCUGCGACAAUUGCAUCUCUCUGUAGUUUUGUCUCAGCUGAGGCUCUUAAUAAGUCCAGCAUGUACUCGACAAAGUAUGAUAAUAUUGACAUUAAUGCGGUUAUCAAAAACGACCGGCUGGUUAAUAAUUACGUCGCUUGUAUGCUGGAUGAAAAACCUUGUACUCCAGAUGGUGAAGAACUAAAAAAAAAUAUUCCAGAUGCUUUGGCGACAGAAUGCGCAAGUUGUAGUCCAGCGCAAAAAAAUAUCGCUGAAGUAAUGUACCAUCAUCUGAUUGAUAAUCGACCGGAUUUAUGGUCCAAACUGGAAGUCAAGUACGAUCCAUCGGGCAGCUACAGAAGACGUUAUCUCAGCCUGGACAAGGAUGAAGAUAAUGAUGAUGAUGAUGAUGAUAAUGAAGAAACCCAGUCAACGACAAUGAAAAUUUAACUUGACCGUCUGUAAAUAAUAUUUCGGGUGAAUGGACAAUAAAUAAUAAAUAAUUCAAUGAUUAAUAUGCGUCAUAACUAUAGGAGGUAAUUUAGUAUUCUUAAAGUGUGCCUGUUUGUUCUUGGUACGUUUAAUCCAUACGAAAAUUAAAAAAGGCUCCUAAGAAGGACGAUUUAGUGACAAGUAACAUGCGAAAAUGAUGGUUCACCUAAGUACUGUAUGUACAUAACGUAACGUGUAACGGAACGUGGGUGGGCCCAAGAUAUCUUCCCCAGCCAGUCUUCCCGGAAUUCCAUGUAGCAUAUAGUAUUCUUUGUGUGUUGUACUGGUUGCGAGAUGAUUCUACAAGUACAAAGAAUAAUAAAAAAUAUGUUAUUU